UGACAACAAAACUUUUUUUUGUGUUUUAAAUAGUUAUUACUUUUUUUAAGUAAUUCAACUUUCAAGAUCAUUGACCGCACACUGCUCCGCAUAACUGUUUAUCUUAAAAUUAAUUAUUAAAUCUAUUACAAUGGGUUUCAUUGUAGGCUCUUUAAAACGAAUAUUAAAGUUAAUCGUUUACUUUGCUUUUAUUGUAACUUUAGUCCUUAUAGUGCCUAAUUUGCCGCCUUAUACAAAGUUUUCUAGCAUACAAUCCGUCCCAACAAAAGAAAGAACCGGUGAACUGACUCUUAACACAGCGUUAAAUAAUGCUGAAAAGUUAUAUGAGCAUAAAAUUUUGGGUCCUGAGAAUUUCCAAAUAUGGCAAGGCGAACUUUACACAUCUUUAGGUACUGGUGAGAUUGUCAAGUGCUCACCAGGUGGACACGUUAGUUUUGUUACCAAAAUUGGUAAACCAUGUACUGGAUUAUCUCAGGAACAUAUUUGUGGUCGUCCUCUUGGUUUUUCAAUUGAUGAAAGAAAUGGAUUAAUGUAUGUAGCUGAUGCAUACUAUGGCAUCUGGAAAGUUGAUAUUAAGACUGAUAAGAAACAAGUAUUGGUGUCACCAGAUAAACCCAUUGAAGGCAAGAGACCAAGGCUGUUCAAUUCUUUAGUUGUUGAUAAAAAAGGUGGAAUAUACUUUACAGAUUCUAGCAGUGAAUUCUUUUUAAAUGAUGGAGUAUUCUCUAGUUUAUCAGAUCCGUCAGGAAGAUUAUUUUAUUACAAUUCUGAAACAAAGAAAACUAACGUAUUAGUGGACAAUAUUUGGUUUGCUAAUGGAGUACUAUUAUCUCCAGAUGAGAGUUUUGUAGUUGUAGCUGAAACAUUUAAUUACCGUCUCUUAAAGCACUACAUAAGUGGACCAAAGAAGGGAAAGACUGAAGUUUUUGUAGAUGGACUACCAGGAACUCCUGAUAAUCUACGGGCACUACCAGAUGGAUCUGGUGUACAAAUUGCAAUGUUUGCUGUAUCUGAUAUUGAUACACCCAUAAUAACAAAGAGUCUAUCAAGCACUCCACACUUAAGAAAGUUUAUAUCUCGCAUGGCACAUCUUAUAGAACUGCCUUUUUCGUACCUGAACCAAAAAUUUCCACAUCCUAUUUUGGAAGACAUUGUGUACUAUAUUGGUUCAUUUGCAAGCAUAUCCGGUCUUACUGACAUGUCUGGACUGAUUAUAACUGACUGGAACGGAAAUAUUGUUGCAUCAUUCUACAAUACUGACAAGAGUGUGGCCCAUAUCAGUGAUGCCAUUGUCUAUAAUGACAAGUUGGUAUUGGGAUCUCCACACUCUCAAGAUUUUAUUGGAGCUGUUGAUAUACCUCUGUUUUUAAAACAAGCAUAUAUGGGCCGGAGACCUGAGGAACGGAUGUCUACUAAGCAAGCUAAGCCUUCGGUUAAAGAAACUCCAAAGGCAGCAGGGAAGGCAACUUCACAGAAAUCUCAAAACCAAGCACCUACCCAAAGACCUGAAUUAAAACAGAAACAACCAGAAACCAAGUCAACUACACAGGCCCCUGAAACCAAACCAACUACGCAAAAACCUGAAACCAAACCAACUACGCAAAAACCUGACACCAAACCAACUCCACAAAAACCUGAAACCAAACCAACUCCACAAAAACCUGAAACCAAACCAACUACGCAAAAACCUGAAACCAAACCAACUACGCAAAAACCUGACACCAAACCAACUACGCAAAAACCUGACACCAAACCAACUACGCAAAAACCUGACACCAAACCAACUACGCAAAAACCUGACACCAAACCAACUACGCAAAAACCUGACACUAAACCAACUACGCAAAAACCUGACACCAAACCAACAGGCAAGCCUGUACCUUCACCAGGUAACGAAAAUAAAGGUAAUCCAUCAAGAGCACAAGUAAAAGUAUCAGAAAUUAAGGUAACAGAAGCCACACCGUCUGAAAAUGUCAAAGAUAAACCAAAAUUGAGCAAAGAAAAUAAAAAGGAAGCCAAGAAGGUUGCCCCUAAUCACAUUCCUAUUGGAGAAGAAAUUAUGUCCGACACUGUGAAACCGAGUAAAGACAAAUUAAAAGUAAUAAAGAAGAGUGGACCGGAAGAAAUUCCAAAUCCUCUUUAAGAAACCUAGUAACCUAUAAAUUAAUGUGUAGUAUUUUUUAUUAAUCUCAAAAUUUUAAGUAUUCUCAUUCCAAGUAAGUUAACAUUCCAAUGUAGUCUUUUUUGGUGUAAGGUAAUUUUAUAUUUAUUUGCUUCAAUAUGAUUAAGCACUGACAAUGUGCAAUAAUUUGUGAUCUUUUUGUCAUGUAAAGUGGUGGUUGUCUUCGGCGGUUGUAUGGUUAAUAUUUUGAAUUAGUUUUUAUUUAAGGUGAAAGUACCUCAAUUUAACAAAGCAUGGUUGUUAUAUCCACUAAAGAUAAAUAUUUAUAUAUUGUUAUAGAUAUCAUAGUUUAGCCGUUUUACAAAAGGAAUCACCAUUUUUUUUUUAAUAAAUUAUAUUUUUUACUGAA